UUAAGAUUCACUCGGUUCAAUUCAUUUAUUUGUAUCAAGUUUCUACUAAAACAGUACAACAACUUGUAAGAUUUACUAACAUUGGCUGAUUUGAAAUCCAUUACAAUGAAAAAUACGAUUAGACUCAUUUUGCUAUUUGCCGUAAUCAAUGUGUCUUACUCCGAAUCUACGAUGAUGCCAUCACUACGAGAGUUGGAUUUCAUAAAAAGUCUGUAUCCUCGUGAAGAUGUACCGGACAUGUUACUAACUUCAUUGGUAAAUCGACGAAUUGAUCAAGUCAAGACUUUGUAUGAAAAGUUUUCGUCUUAUAAAGACUCAAAAGACUUAUACAAUAAUACUGAGCAAUCGUUACAAUUACUUUUGGAAUCAAAUCGCACUUCAAACGCUGAUUUUUAUAAAGCUUACGAACGUAUUGUGGACCGUAUAGUCGAUGUUAACUACAUCAUGGGAAUCGAUGAUAAUGAACACAUGACUAUAAAUACUCUCUUUGAGGAUACCGAAAGCUAUGACCUACAAGCUAUUUUGCUGAGCGCUUAUAUUGAUGACAUUGAGAUGGUUCGAAAGUGUGAAGAUUCCUUGGGAAAUUCAUACAGAGUGGAUAUGAAGAUUGUUGAUCGUCUAAAAUCAUUGUCCAGUCAAUUUCAAAAUUAUCGUUCUCAUAAUGCCAAUGGAUUCACUAUUAAGGCGAGUAGAGUUUCACAAAGCACAAUUUAUUUAUGUUUGUGGCAAUUUAGACUCUUGUUGAAGCAAUUUACAGCAACUUUCACCCAUUAUUUGAUAUAAUUUUGGAGUUUCAUUGCUUAUUGUGCUUGAAUAUUGAAAGUGAGCUCACAGUUUUUGUCUGCUUUCAAAGCACUGAUGGAUACAAUUAAACCUUUUCAAUUUUCACAAACCAAAUAGUACUUUUCAAUCAG